ACACCGUGAGAUAUACCUAUAUAAAGUGCUAUCCCACGAUCGGCGAACCAGUCUAACAAGAUUAUUUCAUCUGAAAUAUCGCUUUUGUUGGAUUAUUUGCCCGUAAUAUAUCAGAUACACAAUGCGUGUUUGUGUGGCUGUUGUGUUAGGUCUGUUUGCUGUAGGCUCUAGCCAGCCAGUGAACGACCAGCCAAUCCUGAAGGACGUCCCCAAUGAAGUGCUGUUCAGAACACAAGAGCCUUUCGUUGUGGAGUGCGCGCCUGAACCUGGAAGCGGCAAAUUUAAAAAGUACAGUUGGCUCAAAAACGGGCAGCCAUUUGAGGUCAGUGAUCGCCCUGACGUGGUUCAGCGCCAUAACGAAGGUUCUCUGGUCUUCCUCCGACCAGCUGACUCUGACGAAGGAGACUACCGAUGCCUGGCUGAGAGCCAGUAUGGUGUGGCUAGCACCAGGGAUGUACGUGUUCGAAGAACUUUCAUAGAUAUUUCAAGGUACGAAGUACAAAAACACAAGCCAGUUGAGGGCAGGACAUUCAAGUUGGCUUGUCCAGCGCCAAAUGCGUACCCGAAGCCAAAUAUUGAGUGGAAGAGCCAGCAGUUGGCCGACACUACCGUCUCAGAUGAUAUCAGAGAUCCAAGGAUAACUAUCGGCCCAGAUGGAAGCCUAUAUUUCGCUAACGUGACCGAGGAAGAUGUUAGCGAUCGAUUCAAAUACGUUUGUGUUGCUACAUCGUCGGCUGUUGAUAAGCCUGUGGUGUUAGCUGAACACUUUAUCUCCUCUAUGGAAGUGGACCGGCAGCCCAAACACAAUGAGGUGGUGGAACAGUACGUCAGUCCAGAUACGACGGCUUUGGUCGGGGAGAGGAUUUACCUGUACUGUAUUUAUGGGGGAACUCCCCUGGCGCACCCGGAUUGGUUUAAAGAAAACAAGGACGUGAACAACGAGCCAGGUGCACGCGUCACAAGAUACAAUAGGAGCGUCGGCAAGCGACUUCUCAUCAAGGAGGUGUUGCCUGAAGAUGAUGGCAACUACACUUGUACCGUCGACAACGAAGUGGGCAAGAAGCAGAAGCACUCCAUGAAGUUGACUGUUGUCGGUUCCCCAAAAUUCACAAAAACACCUGAGAAGAUAAUACACGUGAAAGAAGGCGAUGACAUAACAGUCCCCUGUCUAGUCUCCGGUAUUCCAACUCCCAAACUAUCUUACAUGUACAGCGCUACACCGUUGAAGAAUUCACGAGUUACAGAAAACAGGGGACUGUUAAUAAAAAAGGUACAGAAAAGUGACUCUGGUUAUUACGGAUGUAAUGCCACUAAUGAAUAUGGCAGCGAAUAUUAUGAAACUUUGUUGCUUGUAGCGUGAAUGUAUUUUAAAUGUUUUGUAAACAGAAAUAUAAGAAAAAAUAAAAUUUGUAUUUAUAGAUUGUAAAACAAUAUAUUUAGAAAGCGCGCGGUUGUAAAAUAUAGCUUGAUCCGUGUGACAGAUGUCAAAUAUAAUGUGACAGUGACAAUAUACAUCUGGCUCUGUCGCUCUCAUUUCGAAUGUAUCGUUUCAUCCUGUUGUCAGAGGGAUCAAGAAAACUUUGUGGCAUUUAAAACGCACGCACAGCGCCACAUUUUUAUAAAUUGUCUUUAUUAGCGAAGACAUGCAAAUUAUGCUACACUAAAUAAAGGAUUUUAUAGUUUAAUAAAGUACCUAUUAUGUAAGUAGUUAGUUUUACAAUAGACACAACUUACAAAACCGGAAACAGUAGCCACCAAAUUCCGAGAAGGAUUUAAAUUGCACAAAUUGUUUUAUAGAAAAUUAUAACACUUUCUAAUCAAAUCCUUGGCGUAGUGUAUUAUAAUCUGUAUAGAUUAAAUUUUUUUAAUUAUCGCCAGUUAUUCUUAUUUUUCACGCAAAAUAAAAAGAUAAAAAAAUAUUAUUUUUGUCUCAUUUCCUGGACUGUUAACGCCCUCGCCUCUGUGACUACACAGCUAUUUUUUUAGAUUUCUUUGUAAAACUGUCAAUCUUUCACGCAAAAUCUACUGGACGGAUUAUUAUGAAAUUUGGUACACGGGUAGAACAUAACCUUGAAUAAAACAUAGGAUACUUUUUAUCUCGAAAUUCCCUUCGACCCGGGGCGCAACUAGUUAAAAAUAUAAUCUCGACAUAUUAAUAUGUGUCCAUAAUAAAUGAAAUAAAACGAAA